AUGAGCUCCUCCAAUAACCAACCUCCUACCACCUCUUCUUCCGAUAUCCCCUCUCAAUCAGCUGCCGCUCCUCAUCUCGACCCGAAUGCGCAACUGGGGAACAAUGGGUAUGCGCCCAACGACAACCAGCUCGCCGGAUUAGUGGAGGCGGCCACCGCAGCCGCAGACCAAGAUGUCUCUCAAUGGGCUGCCGCUGCCGCAGUUGCAGCAGCUGCCGGCGCAGCUGGUCAUCACCAUCAGCUGGACGGAUAUGGCGCUGACAUGCACCUUGACGACGACGGGUUUGGAGACGGGAAGUUUGCGGAGACGAACUUCGGAACUGGCAUGAACAAUGGCAGACAUUUGCGGGUUCCCAGUCAUAGUGAUCACUCUCAAUCUCCAGGUCUUUCCCGCACGGUUUCGAAAAAGCGAAAGAGGAAUGACGAUAAUCUCGAUCCGGCCUUGGCGGGUGCUGGUCUUUCGGGAUCGCAGCAGCAGUCUCAUUCUGCUCAGCAGCCUCAUGGCUAUGCUGGUGCUGGAGAUAAUAUGGAUAUUCGUCCGGUUCAGCCUCAGUCUUUGUCGGAUGCUCGGGCUGUUGGUGUGCAUUCUGCUGCGGCAUUGUUCCGCCAGCCUUCUAGCAAUAAGAAAUACACUCGGCCUCCUAUCUCGAAGAUGUUUUCGUCGCUUGAGAUCUCACCUGAGAACUUUUUGCAUCUGCAAGCUGCUGCGAAGAAUUACAUGUUGAAUGAUGAACACCCUGAGAGACGGGAGUGUGUUGGCCAGCGUGGAAAGGGAGAUAGCGAGAUGGUCAAACUUCGUCUUUGGAAUUGCGUUCGUCAAUUCCUCGAAGGAGAAGGCAAUGGGGAGCGCUUCUUUGGAGAGAAUGUCGUCAAUGAGGGCAUGGGACCGAGAGCUUACAUCUGGCCGCGUGACCAUCACAAAAUCAUCUCACUGGUCAUUCCUUUGCUGCGACGUAUGGUCACUAACGAAAGACAACGUCAAUACGCUAUUGAAACUCGCAAGGGUGGUGGUUCUGAUGAACGUCGUCGUCGCAAGACUGAGGAUUUCUCCAAUCUGAACAGCCCACGCUUCUCACCCGAGCAGCACCUCCAAAUGCAGAAUCAGCAACAUCGUCCUGACGAUAUGUCGCAGUCAAUGCCUCCACCUCCACCUCCCGUACAGCAAUCAACAAUGGACCCUACCCAAUCUGUGAACAUCGGUCUGACAGAUCUCCUCUUGGACGGUUACACCGCUGACUGGGAGGAGAUUGCCCGAUGCUAUGAUAAUUACAAUCAAGGAUACGAACUUGAUAACCUCUGGUCCCUCUCCGGUCUCCAGCAGCCCGACUGGCGUGGAAUCGUCGCUGCGGUCGACAGCCAUUACCAAGUCAUCCACGGCGGAGAAUACGACUGUCAACCUGCUUGCGAAGACGCAAACGUCAACCGCAUUAUUCACGCAGACACCUGCUCGAACCUGAACUGGCGCAUCGGCGGGCAGCGCAACCUUCCAGCCCGUGAUGAAUUUGCAAGCAGUAUUACUCGCGAUGUCUCACGCAUCAUCCGCGAGAACAUCGCAAACAGGCACGGCCACCCAACUCAAACUCAAGAUACGCACGACCAAUUUCACCCCCAGCAACAGCCUUUCACACCCCUCGAGCAAACUCAGGCACCAACAACCACAAAUCCCCCCUCAAACGCUCAAACCUCUCUCCGCAUCAACGUUCUCCAGGGCGGAAAACGCAUUCUCCCCAGAUUCGACCUGCCUGCCAGCCAAUGCCCCAACAUUGACACCGUCAAGCAAGCAAUCCUCCGUCGAUACCCUGGCCAGAUCCCCGGAUUGCCAUUCCAGGAUUCAGAGGGUCUCAACAUGAACUCUGCCGUGCAGGAAGCGCGCGAAUCAGCUGUUGUCGCCGAGUGGAGAGUCAAGGUCUGGUUGCCGGAUGGGAUGCUUGUUGUUCAGAGUCAGAAGGAUUGGACUAUUGCUUUGCUUUCGGCUGAUACCGUUGACUGGAUGGAUGGUGAUUUGAAGGUUCUUGUUGAGGUUGAUGGUGAGCAGCAGUAA